UAAAUGAUCAUCGCAUAUUGUGCGCCUUCGUUUUCUCAUACCGUAAUUGUUAACUCUUAAAUUAAUCAAUUGACAACGGAUAUAAUUUUAAAGUUAUAAUUUAACGAAGUGUUUAGUAAGAUGUUAGAAAUGAACGAUAAAAAUAAUGCAGCAAAGAUGCUGAAAGGUGACUGCAAGAUUCAUGUGCAGGAAUCAGAAAAAUUGUUGGAACCUGUGAAAUCAUGGAAUUCACAAAUAUACAUCGAAUUCAACGAUCUUUGUUACUCGGUUUGUUGCAAUCUCAAAGGGACUGAGAAAAUGAUUCUACAUAAUGUAACGGGACAUUUCGAACCGAGGAAAGUCACAGUGAUAGUUGGUCCUUCCGGUUCGGGGAAGACCACCCUGCUAAAAAUCAUAUCGGGCAAACAACAGGUCGAUAUUACAGGCACCAUCACCGUCAAUGGUGCUGAACCAAACAAAAAAAUAUUCCACAAACAGGUGUGUUAUGUACCACAACAAUUCGAUCUAUUGCCGUACCUCACAACAAGAGAAACUCUCUACAUAGCAGCUCGACUAAAACUCAACGUUAAUCAGAACAAACAAGCAAUUUGUUUAAUGGUGAACAAUAUCGCGGAACGUUUUAACUUAUCAAAGUGUCUGGACACAUUAGCGAAUAAAUUAAGCGGUGGUGAACGGAAGAGACUUUCUAUCGGCGUGGAAAUGUUCGUUCAGCCAUCUGUUUUUUUAUUAGACGAGCCAACAAGCGGUCUCGACAGUACGGACUCUAAUCAGCUUAUUAAUAUACUGCAUGAUAUGGCAAGAGCGAAUUGCACUGUGAUUUGUAUAAUACAUCAACCCAGCAGUCAGAUGAUUUCGCUCUUCGAUAACAUUAUCGUACUUAACCAAGGCAAAUGUAUGUAUUGCGGUCCAAAGGACGAAAUCUUAAACACGUACAGCAUUGCCGGGUUUACGUGUCCCAACUUCUAUAACAUAAUUGAAUUUGUGCUUGAGGUAGUAACAAAACAAAGGGGUGGAGAUGUGGAAAAUCUAUACAAGAUCUGUUGUGACGAAUACGUAAAGUUUAGAUUACGCAAUAAACAUGAAAAGGAAUUGGAUUUAUCGAUUAAUUUUAAACAGAAAUGUGGAACAAAAGAUACAGAUGCAUCUACAAAAAGCAUAACACAAAAGAAGUCGACAUGGCAUCAGCAAAAGAUUUUAUUUUUACGAGCUUUAAUUUACAUCAAGCGAGAUACAACCUUAACAAAACUAAGAUUUGUGGCACACAUCCUGGUCGCACUAUUGUUAGGGACAGUUUUUUAUAAUUUCGGUGAUGACGCGGAAAAAGUUAGCAGUAACAUCGCUUACUUAUUUUUCUGUCUAUUAUUUUUAUUCUUUACAAAUUCCAUAUUGGCAGUGCAAAUGUUUCCCAUUGAAGCGACAGUAUUUUUACAAGAACAUUUAAACAAUUGGUACUCUUUAAGAUCCUAUUACAGUGUAAAAAUAAUAUCGGAUCUCUUAAUGCAAAUACUUUGCGCUUCAUCUCUCGUGCUUAUAUCAUAUUAUGUAACAGGACAGCCAAUGGAAUAUGAUAGAAUUCUACGAAUGUGGGGAAUUUGCCUGUUAAUUACAAUUCUUGGACAAACAAUUGGAGUACUUGCAGGCAUAAUAUUUGGCACUGAGAUAGGUAUGUUUUUAAUACCGGCAAUUGGUAUACCAUUAAUAUUAUUUGCUGGAUUCUUUUCAAAAUUAGAAGAAAUGUCGAUGUAUUUGCAGCCUUUAAGCUAUGUGAGCUUUUUCAGAUACGCAUUUGAAGGAGUAAUGCAAGCGAUCUAUCUUGAUCGACCGAAUCUGACGUGUUUAGAAAUCUACUGUUACUUGCGUUCACCAAACAAGAUUCUCACGAUGAUGGGCAUACCGACAGUUCCUUUCUAUGUAACUCUGAUAAUACUUGCUUUUUGGAUAUUCUUUUUUCACGCGAUCACUUAUGCAGUACUUCUUUGGAAAAUUUAUUAUGCAAAAAAGUGACGAUCAGUAAAAUUAAUAUUAAUAAAUCGUUUAUUAAAAUUAGCACAGCACAUGGAUCCUUUAGACGUCCAUAGGACAUUUCGUUCGGACGUUCGACGUCCGGAUCAAAGAUGUCCCGAUGACGUACAAUGUAUCGCCUUUAGACGUCCAGUGGAUGUUGUUACGAUGUCUCGAUAGGACGUAAAAUGGAUUUUUUAUGGACGUUGUUUAGACAUAUCCUAAUGAGAAAUCAUAAUGGAAUGAAUAUCGAAUGUCGAUUCCAUUCUCUGGGUAUUGCGCGAUUACGAGUUUGUUUAGUAGAAAAUAUUUGUCAGUAAAAAUAGUGUUAAUAUUCUCAAUAAUGCUUUUUUGUAAUACGAGUAAGAACAGCAUUGAAACAGUAAUACCAAUUUAUGAUUUUUACGUAGAAUAUCAUUUUUUACUAAACAAACGAAACGUUUCGAAUCGCGUGUAUGAUCAAAAAAUUUAUACAGAUAUAUUUUUUUAAAGAAUUAGAAAGAAUAAGGGCAUUAGGAGUCAGACGUAGAAGACAUCGCGCAAAUAAUAAAACUUAUAUAUACAAUAAUAAACUUAUGAAGCGUGAAACUUC